AUGGCCAAGUUUUUCAUCACCUGGUGCCUCGCCAUUGCGAGCGUGGCGACAGGGGUCGCCGGCGCGCGGUCUGUGCCAAAGCUGGACCAGAACGAGUGGUGGGGGCCGCCAGAGUUGAUGAUGAAUACAGAAGAGUUGCAGCAGAGAAAGUGCAUCAGGCCCUGGUCGCUUACCAUCUCGCAAGAUGAAAUUGAUUAUCUCAGAUGGCGACUUCUAGAUCACCACAGCUUUGCCCCAGCACUUGAGGAUAGCAACUUCGAAUACGGGUUUAACCCUGAUCAGCUGGAUGACUGGGCGCAAUACUGGGCUAACGAGUACAACUUCACCCGGGCGGAACAGGUCCUCAACCAAUACCCACAGUACAAGGUCAAUGUGCAGGGUUUGGAUAUACACUUCAUCUGGAUAAAGCCAGAGGUGCCUAAAGGGGUGAAGACGGUACCCCUACUCAUGCUUCACGGCUGGCCGAGCUCUGUGCGCGCGUACCACGACUCCAUACCGAUCCUAACCACACCCAACAAGGGCUUAGCAUUCGAAGUCAUCAUCCCAAGUUUGCCUGGAUUUGGAUUUUCAGAUGCAGCAGUUCGUCCAGGACUGGGCCCGGCACAGAUGGCAGUUGUCUUCAAAAACUUAAUGAAAACACUCGGCCACAAGAAGUUCUACGUGCAAGGAGAAGAUUGGGGAGCUGUGAUCGGAAGACAGUUGGCCACGCUGUACCAAAAUGAUAUAUUGGGCUUCCAUAGCACUCAACUCUCUAUACUGAGCAACUGUGAAGAAAUCAAGACAUUCCUUGCGGGUUACAUCGCAAUCCUUCAGGUAGAACUUCAACAGUUCAACAGAACCGCCACCACUGAACUCUUGGAGGAGACUGGGUUCAUGCAUCUGCAGGCGACCAAACCUGACUCUGUGGGUGUCGGUCUCUCUGAUUCGCCGAUCGGUCUCUGCGCCUGGAUGCUGGAGAAGUUCUCGACCUGGACCCGGCGCGACAACCGGCUGCUGGUCGACGGCGGGUUACUCAACCACUUCACGCGCGACCAGCUGCUGGACAACGUGAUGGUGUACUGGUUGUCCAACAGCAUGACCAGCGCCAUGAGGAUAUACGCCGAGUACUUCAGUAACGCGCAACGAGCGUUGGGGAUAGAACAAAUCCCCACAAAAGUUCCAGUAUGGAAUAUUCGGCCCAUUCAUGAACUGCUCCCUUCGGCACAAAACGAGAUAAAAUUCCCCAACUUUGUCGGAACUACCAUCUUGGAUGCAGGCCACUUUGUGUUUUUCGAACAACCCGAAGCUGUCGCUAAAGAUAUCUUCAAAGCUGUCAAGGCAUUCAGAAGUUACAGGAAAUGGUAA